AUGGCCGCAUCCACCCUGUCCAUCUGCUCCAGCGACCGGAGCUACGGCAGCUGCGUCUGCCUGCCCGGCUCCUGUGACUCCUGCCCCGACUCCUGGCAGGUGGACGACUGCCCAGAGAGCUGCUGUGAGCCCCCCUGCUGUGCUCCCACCUGCUGUGUCCCCACCUGCUGUGUCCCUACCUGCUGUGUCCCCACCUGCUGUGCCCCCACCUGUGACCCCAGCUGCUGUGAACCCACCUGGUGUGACUCCAGCUGCUGUGAACCCACCUGCUGUGACCCCAGCUGCUGCGCCCCAGACUCCUGCCUAACCCUCAUCUGCACCCCUGCAAGCUGCGGGUCCAGCCCCUGCCAACCAGCCUGCACCAGCUCCUGCCAGCCCUCCUGCUGCAGCUCCUCCCCCUGCCGGGAAGACUGCUGUGUGUCUGUCUGCUGCACCCCUGUCUGCUGCAAGCCCGUCUGCUGCACCCCUGUCUGCUGCAAGCCCGUCUGCUGCACCCCUGUCUGCUGCAAGCCCGUCUGCUGCACUCCUGUCUGCUGCACCCCUGUCUGCUGCAAGCCCGUCUGCUGCACCCCUGUCUGCUCUGGGCCCUCCCCCUGCUCGGCCCCCUCCUGCUGCCAGCCCAGCCCCUGCUCCUCGUCCUGCUGCAGACCGUCCUCCUGCGUGUCCCUGCUCUGCUGCCCUGUGGGCUACCGCCAGGCCUGCUGCGUGCCCGCCUCAGCCCAGAAGUCCUGCUGCUGA